ACAGCACGUCUGAGGAAACCCGUGUAUUUGUCAUAUAUGACAAGUAGAGAAAUGUAACCUGUGGCCCAUUGUAAGGUAGAUAAAGAAAGAAGACUUCGCUCUAACGUUGUUCGUUUCGGUUCGGUGUUUUAUUCAGUUACUGAGGUGUUUUCGCUUUUCUUUCGAAAAACACUCAUAGAGACGCUCCCUGGCUGGGACCGUUGGAGAACGUUCAUCAGCUAGAGUUUUGCGCAAAACGGUGCCAAAUAAGAGAUCUACAAAUCAUUUUCCGUAUGUUUUAACCUAAAAAUGAAUGAGAAAUCGAUGCCCGGGUUUAAGUUUAACUCCUACACACUGUAACUAUGCGUAAAACUCGCGCAAAAAUGUGAGUGUGCACUGUUGGAGCGCGCGCACACAUACACUAAACAGCCAUAUUAAUACUUAAGGAAAUUGAGACUAAUAGUUGGUCAGCAGAUGAACUUCCUCCUUUCAGUAAGGCGAUAGUCAGCAACAACAGCGGCCUGUAACACGUCAACAUGCCGUCGCUUAUUGAUUCGCUUGAAUCCGGACUGGACUUCAUUGAAUUUCUGGGAGACAGGAUAUCCAACAACAGCAAAAAGGAACUUCGAGACAUCUACAACUAUGAAUUUAAGGGCAGAGAAGGAAUAAAAGACCCCAACUUCUCCACUGUUAUCUUUGCUCUUCUGAAAUUCAACAAAGUCCACAUGAGACAGGGGAGAAUCUACAUAAAUGGCAGACCUCAGGUUCGAGUGUACUGCGACCAGUGGAGAAGGCCCAGGGCCCCGCAGCCACACAGUCCCAGCUCUGGCCCUCAGAAAACAGUAGGGACACCCGGGCCCUCCUCUGUCCCCUCGACCCCUGUGACCCCUGUGCUGACCCCCAAGAAAAAGCUGGCCACAGAAAUCCUCCACAAGUUAAAGACGAACAGGAAAAAGCUGACAGCUGACAAGGGGGGCAUCGAGAUCACCUCAGACCCCGUGGCGAGUGGUGGAAAGGUUCAGUUCACCGUGGAUCGUCUGAGAGAGUUGUUCAUUGUCAGGUUUCACAUUUUAAACAAGGGCCCAGACUGCAUCCACUUCACCUACUACACUGCCCUGCACAGGAUACGCUGUUUCACCCUUGAGGAUGAGAGGAGAGUGAACAGAGCCUGUCCACUGUUCCUCUGUCCUGGAGAAAGCUAUGAAGUUGUGGUCCGGUACGUGCUGAAUCAUUAUGGAUAUUUCCCCGCCACAAUGUACUUUGAGUUCUGCCCAGAUCUUUCCGGAUCUGUUCCCUUCUGCAUUGUGAGGGAGAUGGAAGCUGCUGCCAGGACCCCACUGGCUGUGGAGCUGGGGCCUGUGGCUCCUUACAGACCAUUUCAAGCGGUCACAUACAAGCCAGUUGCAACUGUGAUAGUAGAGGGAGUGCCUCCUGAGAAUUCUAUUGUUCAGCCUCUAAAGACAACUGUGAAAUUGGGAGACUACAAGUACCCUCAUUACCUAAAGGAACUGACUAAACAGAGGAUGGAGGACUCAGAGUACCUCUCUCCAACUGCCAAGCAGAAACUUGCAUCAGUGAAGACCCUCCUCAACUGUCCCUUAAAGAUGAAGAACUACUCUCAUCGAUUUCACCUCCUGCUGCACCUGGAAGAGAUACAGAUGGAGGUGGACAUCAGGAAGUAUGACCUCCACAACCAAACCAUGACUCAAGACCAAAGCAACAGAAAACUGCUAAAACUUAGAGUACCUGGUGUUGCUGAGAAUCGGCCAUCUGUACUUCGAGGAGACUGCCUAAGGGUGUCCAAAUCUGAGGACACGGUCGAGCCAAUCACUGUGUACACUGGUUAUGUUCACAGAGUAGAGCUGGAUAGUGUGAAGCUGGGCUUCUCAAAGAGGUUGUUGCAAAUAUUUAUCAGCAAUAUGAAGUUUGAUGUGGAGUUUACUAUCAACCGGUUCCCCUUGAAGCUGCAGCAUCGGGCGGUGGACUUGGCAACAAAACAUCAGCUCGAAGAGGUGCUGUUCCCAUCUGGUGCAGCAGUGACUAACCUCUCCAUGCCUAAACUCAGGAUGUUUAACCGUCAGUUGGAAAACAACCCAGAACAACAUGCUGCCGUCCAGCGCAUUGUAGCUGGAUCAUCUAAACCAGCUCCCCACCUUGUGUUUGGGCCUCCAGGAACUGGAAAGACAAUCACCCUGGUUGAAGCUAUGAGUCAGGUCAGCAGGGCAGAUCCAUCAGCCCACAUCCUCGCCUGUGCACCUUCGAACAGUGCAUGUGACUUACUCUGUGAGAGACUGAUGGUAAACAUGGAUCCUUAUCAGGUUUAUCGUGUGUACGCCAGCAGCCGAGACCCAAGGAGCGUCCCGACGAACCUACUGAAAUAUUGUAACUGGGAUCAGACACAAGAUGGCUUUGUAUUCCCAGAGAAAGGAAUUCUGAUGAAAUACACAAUCAUAGUAACAACUAUGGUCACAGCUGGCAGACUUGUGUCUGGAGGAAUCCCAGUUGGUCAUUUUACUCAUGUGUUUGUGGAUGAAGGAGGCCAAGCAGUGGAGCCAGAGUGUGUCAUUGCUAUUGCAGGUCUGCUCAAUCCAGAGAAGGGUCAAUUGGUGCUGGCAGGAGAUCCCAAGCAGUUGGGACCAAUUAUUCAAUCUCCUUUUGCAAUGCAGCAUGGACUUGGGCUUUCACUACUAGAGAGGCUGAUGCGACAUAACACUUUAUAUCAGAAGAGUACAGACUCUGGACACUUUGACACACGAUUUGUCACCAAACUGCUACGAAACUACAGGUCUCAUCCUGCCAUUUUGAAAGUCCCCAACGAGCUGUUCUAUGAGAAUGAGCUGCAGGUGUUUGCUGACCAGUGGGACCGCGAGGCUUACUGCAACUGGGAAUACCUCCCCAAAAAGGGUUUCCCAGUGAUCUUCCAUGGGGUGAUGGGGAAAGACGAGAGAGAGGCGAACAGUCCAUCUUUCUUCAAUGUGUCUGAGAUUGAAGUUCUGAUUGACUACCUCAACAAGCUGAUGGAAACACAAGGAAAGAAGGGUCUCCCAAAACUCUCUGCAAAAGACAUCGGCAUAAUCGCCCCCUACAGGAAACAAGUUGAGAAAAUCCAAAAAGCCCUGAAGUCUGUCUCUGCGCUGAGUCGAUUUAGUGAUCUCAAAGAGCUCAAGGUGGGGUCUGUGGAGGAGUUUCAGGGACAAGAGAGGAGGAUCAUCCUGAUUUCUGCUGUGCGCAGCAGCAUCAACUACGUCAAGAUGGACAAAGACUUCAACAUUGGAUUCUUGUCAAAUGAAAAGAGGUUCAAUGUAGCCGUGACAAGAGCCAGGUCUCUGUUGAUUGUUGUGGGAAACCCUGUGAUCCUCAACAAGGACCCCAUCUGGGAGAAGUUCAUCAGUUACUGUGUGACAGAGAAAGGAUACACAGGAUUUGACUUAAAAGAUGCAGAGGGCGAAGAUGACAUUGUCUCAAGACUGGCAACCCUGAAAAUCACUGUGGAUUCUGAGGGUCCUGUAGCAGAGGAGAGUGCCAGCAGCACGUGA